CAUAGCACUGCACACACACGUCUCCACCGCUCCACGGCUCCACGGGUACACAGCGCUGUGCUUCAGGGAUUAACUAUCUGGCUCUGAAUUUUUUUGCGGGGAAAUGCAGGCAUGAGUAGGGUUGGGUGUUGUGAAGUCCCAGAGCGCUCGCAGGCCGACUAUGGAGUAUAGCCGGGAGGACGCCACCCUGGGUUUCCCUGCAACACUCUCCUCCUAACCAACACCCAGUACACAGAAUGCUGAGUCCCAUUGUCCCCUAUAGCCUAUUGAAGAUGCACUGGAAUGCGGAGCAUGCCCAGCCUAUUAGCCAGUGGCCCGAGCAGCAUCUGGACGUGUCCUCCACGACCUCAUCCCCAGCCCACAAGUCCGAGCUGUACGGCGCGGGGGGUGGCCGCGGUCCCCACGGGGGACAUGGCGGCAGUGGCGGCCGCGGUGCUGGUGGCGCCUACAGCUACGCCUGGGCCAACGAUGACAUCUCCGCCCUCACCGCCUCCAACCUCCUCAAGCGCUACGCCGAGAAGUACUCGGGCAUGCUGGACUCUCCGUACGAGCGUGUGGGGCCGGCGGUGGGUGCAUACGCCGAAACGCCCGGCCCUGCAGCUGUGGCCGCUGCCGCCUUCGGAAGCCUCAACGGCGUCCAGAAGACCGAGCUGGAGCCAUGGCCGCUGUCACACGGCUCUGACGGCUCGUAUCCACUGGUGCCCGGCUCGCACGACGGGCUCGGCGGGGGGCCCAAGGUGGUGACGCCGGCCUCCGUGGUGGGGCCCCCUGGUGGCUCAUCGGUGAACAGCAGCCUGUCGGACUCGGCCUACAGCGGCAGCAGCUCCUGCAGCGGCCCCCACUCCAGCGACUACCCCCCCACCUACAACGGCACCUACCUCUCCUCGGGCUACUGCCCCCAGCCCGGCUCAGCGCUGACCCCCACCUCGCUGCACGCGCUGCAGCCCGCGCCCACCCUGGUGCCCAGCUACACGCCCAGCACGCCCGUCUACAACUACCCGCCCAGCACCUACCCGCACCCCCACCAGGCCGGCCUGGCGCCCAGCUACAGUCACCCAGCGCCCCCCUACCUGCCCUCGGGGCUGGCCGCCCCCACCCCUCUGCCCUCCAGGCCCACUGUGGUGGGGGGCAGCUACGGGUACCAGACCACAGGGGUACUGGGCGGGGGCUCGGACACUGGCAGCGGCGGCUCUCUGAAGAGGAAAGCGUUCGAGAUGAGCUUAGAGGACACGGAGGACGGGACAGACGGCAGCUCGAGAUACAGGAAGUACAGCUACGACGCCAUGAAGCCGGGAGAUGACACUUCUUCGCCCUACAUCUCCGUCGGAGACAAGGCCGGCAACGGGUUCGGGACGUCCGCCAGCGACCCCCAGCAGCAGCAGCAGCAGCAGGGCUUCAAGCCCAGCAAGCCCUCAUCACAGGCAGCAGAGGACAUGGGCAAGUACAGCGGCCUUAAGCCCUUAGUGUCCCCCCAGUACGGAGCCGGGGGAGGUGACUACAGCCCCCCGGCGGCCAUGACGGGUGAAAACGGCCGCAGUGGAAGCAGCGGUGGCGACCAGGGCUUCAACACCCAACACCGCUCCUCAUCCUCCCUGAAACAGCAGCAGAGGAGCUCCAGCACCUGCGGCGAGGGGGGCGUCCUGAAGAGCGCAGAGCCCCACAUCCUGGACCUGGUGACGGGGGAGCUGCAGGACUGUGGCCCGGCGCUGCUGUGGGGUGAGCUGGCAGGCCACGUGCACCUCAAGGCCGAGCUGGAGGAGGAGCUCCUGUGGCCCGCGCUGAGGCCCAACUCUGGAGGCGGAGGUGGCAACGGCGCUGGGCAGCGGGCCCCUCGCACCGUGCUGCUGUUCGGGCCCCGCGGCGGAGGCAAGACCACGCUGGCCCGCUCCCUGGCGUCGCAGCUAGGCGCCACGCUGUACCGGCUCAGCGCCGCCGCCCUGGUGGGCAAGUGGAAGAGCGAGGCGGAGCAGGUGCUGGGCACGCUCCUGGCGGUGGCGUCGGCUCGCGCGCCCGCACUCGUCUACAUCAGCGAGCUGGAGGCGCUGGAGGACUCCGACGCCGGUGGAGUGCGGCAACAGCUGCUGUCCGCCCUGGAGAAGGCGCAACACGGCGGCCACGACCACCACCAUCACCAUCAGCAGCAGCUGUUCCUGGUGUGCUCCACGCGCCGGCCAGACCUCCUCAAGGAGCCUCUACUGCGCUGCUUCGCCAAGCGCUACCACGUAGGGCUCCCAGACGCGGCAGCGCGGCGCCAGGUGCUGCUGCAGGCGCUGGCGGGGGGGCUGGGUGGCGUAGGGGUGGAGCUGAGCGAUCGAGAAAUGGCCGCCGUGCUCCAGCGCUCCGAGGGCUUCACCGUGUGCCAGCUGCUGCAGCUGUGUCAGCAGGCUGCCUCCUCCGCCAACGCCAACGCCACCUCGGGGGUGCACGGGCACGGGCUCGGGGGCGCGCUGGGGGCACCACUGGCACCCCUGGCCAGCCCCGCGUUUAAGGACUUUGAGAACGCAUUCUGCAAGGUGCGGCCCCCACACAGCAACAGCAACAGCAACAGCAGCCCCAAAGAGAUGGACACUUGCAUGGAGUGGAGCAAGGUGUACAGCCAUUGAGACAAAGAGAGCAAGAGUGAGAAACAAAGAACACAAGACAGAGACUGCGAGUGGGACAGAUAGAGAGUGUGAGCGAGCGAAAGAGACCAGUCAGCCACUGUUUCUUAGCUGGAGAGAACUGCUUAUCCUAUCUUCUCUUUGCUUUUUCAUGUGCAAAGCCUUGUAGAGUUUUUUGUAACUACUAAACGACAGCCAAAAGAAUUGGGUUAAAGGAUGGGGAGAGAUUUACUGUGGGGGUUAAAGUGGAGCCAUUUGGAGUGUUUGAAUGAAUGGGAGACUUGAUGAGGAUGAUUAGGAUGAUGAUGAUUAUUUUCCAUCCCUCCCUUAAAAAUGAUACAUAUACUUUAUUUUUUUCCCAAAGAAAAAAGAAGAAAAAAAAAUCAACAACAUAUUAAGCCUUUUACUUGGACGGGGCAAUUUGAGUUGUUUUUUGGCGACUGACAAGUUGAGAAGAGGUCUGAAUUCUUUACGUCAGGUGUUCACACAGUCCGACUAGCCUUGAUCCUGGACUAAACCUGGAGAUUUAGCCCCUUGAUUACAGAUAAUCAAGUAUGAGAAAGAAAGAAAGCGAGGAAGAAAGAAAAAAAAUAAUAUCCCCAUUGAUUGCAAUUCUCAGGAUAAUAUUUAUUGCCAGUCCACCUCAGUGGCAUUGUAUUAUUUUGUUUUGUUUUGUUUUGUUUUUCAUCAUUUUGUCAUUUUACUUUUAAAUUGAUCAUUUGGUAUUAAAAGGGCUUAGGAUAUAUUUAGAAGCAACCGCAUUAUCUUCUCGUCUUGACCAAAAAAAAUGUUAAAAAGCGUAAAAGAUCAAAUACAGCCGUAGUGUACAGGUCAGGAGUCAGGACUACCAUACGGCAGAGUACCAUAGAGUUAUUAUCCUACAGUGUCUCUGCCGCCCUUGACACAGUAUUCACCAGAGAUCACCACUAGUUUCCCAUGUGUGGCUACCGUUAGACACGCACAGCUGACCAUACGGCAUAUGCAGAGUUACCGUAUCUCACUGACGCAAGCCGACGACAGACACUGUAAAAAAAACCAUGGAGAAGGCAAAGGCGAUCGAUCAUGUGUGCACUUUUGUUGUUUUUUAUUUUUUUGUUUAUACAGUAAGCACCGUCAGGUGUGAGUACCUGUCGCACUGACGUUUAGCAACUUAACGCAGCAACUUAGUUAGCGCUGAGCAGAGCAGCAUCGAAACCCACCGGACAGCACUGCUGAGCACAUAUAUACACACAGCACCAUAGGA